AUAAAGGUCAAAAUAGGAAACGAAGGGGGAGAGAAAAGAAGUGUGUACAUUCACACAGGAACCAUCAGGAAAACUCCACGUGAAAGGAAGAAAGAGCCAGUUCGAAACCCAGAAAGAUAAAAGUUAAAUUUAGAGUUCAGACUUUUCCUGGCUGCCCAUCAAGGAAACAAAGGCCAGCUGUGAGAGAAAGAGAGAGAGAGCGAGAGAGAAAGAGGACUUUUUGAAUUUUAAAUCUUCUGCUUCACUGCUAAGCACACAUAAGAAAAAUCUUCCUUUAUUUAUUCCGAGAAGGCACAACUGAAGUAAAUAGCGAUGGCACCCUCUCUGCUCCAGGCCUACAGGAGGCGCUGGUGGAUGGCAGUGACAGCUGUGAUUGAGAACCUGUUGUGCUCAGCUGUGCUCUUGGGCUGGGGAUCCCUGCUCAUCAUGCUGAAAAGACAAGGGUUUUACUCCCACUUGUGCUCAGAGAAUGAUUCGGUGGUUGUUUCUUUGGGCAACACCUCGAGUGGAGAGGUGGAGGAGUGGCUCACCUGUGUGGACCAAGAGGAGAUGCUAAAUCUGGGCUUCACCAUUGGCUCUUUCCUUCUCAGCGCCACCACUCUACCGCUGGGUAUCCUGAUGGACAAAUAUGGACCACGUCCAAUUCGACUAGUGGGCAGUUCAUGUUUCGGUCUGUCCUGUGUUAUAAUGGCGGCAUCUGCCUAUGACCCCGGCAGUCUGUCAGCGCUCAUCUUCUUAGCUCUCUCUUUCAAUGGCUUUGGAGGCAUCUGCCUGACCUUCACCUCCAUCACACUCCCAAACAUGUUCGGUGCUCUGAGCUCCACCAUUAUGUCACUGAUGAUAGGAUCCUACGCCUCGUCUGCCGUCACCUUCCCCGGAGUCAAACUCAUCUACGAUGCAGGCGUGUCCUUCCAGGUGAUCAUGUGGGCGUGGGCAGGACUUGCAGCAUUCGUCUUCUGCAACUGUGCCAUUAACUGGCCAUCGCAAGGGUUUCCCACACCUGAUGAGGUGGACUACAGUAAGAUCUUCAUGGCGGAUGAGCUGCCUGAAGUAGAAGAGAAGCUGGAGGAAGAGAAGCUGAUGCAGACGAACGGCGACGUAAAGCACUGCACCGACAAACUGCUCACAGGGUCCAAGGCUGCACCCAAUGGCAUUCCCUUCCGUCGUUCUGUGUUCUCUCCCAUCUUCCUGUGGAGUCUGAUUACAAUGGGAAUGUCCCAGUUAAGGAUCAUCUUCUUUAUGGGAGCAAUGAACAAAAUGCUGGAGUUCAUGGUCACCCACGGUGACCCGCACCCUUCUGAGGAUGUGGUGAUUGAGGCAGAACAAAAAGUGAGUUUCUACUCGUCCAUCUUCGGUACGCUGCAGCUGCUGUGCCUGGUUACCUGUCCUCUGAUUGGCUACAUUAUGGACUGGAAGAUGAAGGAGUGUGAGGAGAAGUGCAGCUCACCCAACACCGAGCAGACCAGGCAGAACAACGGAUCCAAGAGAGACCGUAAAAUCCAAAAGCUGACCAACGCCAUGAGGGCCUUCAUCCUCACCAACAUGCUGCUGCUUGCUUUUGGAGUCUGCUGCCUCAUAGACAACCUGCCUCUACAGAUCUUGACCUUUGUCCUCCACACCAUGGUCCGAGGCUUCAUCCAUUCCUGCUGCGGAGGCCUUUAUGCUGCUGUCUAUCCGUCGAACCACUUCGGCACCCUGACAGGCCUGCAGUCCAUGAUCAGCGCUGUGGUGGCACUCCUGCAGCAGCCUCUCUUCAUCGCCAUGGUCGGACACCUGCAUGGAGAUGCCUACUGGAUCAACCUGGGCCUGCUGAUCUUCUCGUUGACCGGCUUUUUGUUGCCGGGCUACCUGUUCUACCAUCGGAGAUGUCUGCUACAGGAAAAGGAGAGCAGAGUCAAGUGUACAACUCAUCAGGAGAUGCAGGCGCUCAACCACAUGGAGUCCAACGGCUACAAACCCCUCAGCAACAUCAGCCCCGUGGAGGCGUAGAGCGCCGUCACAGAACUGAGUACUGUCGCAAGAUUUGGAUUUGUUUUUCUCCGUCAAGUCAAUAUGAUCACUAAAAAUAGUUUUGCUGGGACAAAAUCAUGCUUACCACAGACCUCAUCACACAUAGGAUGACACGUGUUUUGUUGCGCUGUGGUGGGAUUUCCAGAGGUGCUGCACCAUCACAAUUUGUUGACAUUUUAUUUAUUUUGAUUUCAAAUUAGCAUGAAAGCCAUAGAUUUCAGUCACAAGUACACCAAAGACAUGAACAUAGAUCCUGUAUGGCCUUCGUGGGAGAUUGUGACUAUCACAGUACUUGAAAUACUAUAACAGUCCUGCUAACACCAAAGAACUCUAGUUAUUAGCUGUAUGUCCUUAUUGUUUCGAAAGGACGCAGAGAGAAGUUUAACUUACUGUGCUGUUGCUGCUAAAUUAAAAUGAUAAAUUUCUAUCGAAACUCAUUCUAUGAAACACACAAACACUAUUACAGAAGCUUCUGAAAAUAUAAAUUAGACUUAAAGAUAGUGUGGAUUUGGUGCCAUCUAGUGGUAAGGCUGCAGAUUGUAUUAUGCCAUCCCCACAAGUUUGUUUCCCUUCAAAUAUUUGCUUCUUUAGCAACAGGGAUUCCUGCUCCCUUGUAUUUUCUUGUGAUAUGCAUCCAUCAUUUCACAAAAAUGAGGGUUCUCAAACUUGUUUGCCUGCAGUAGUGACGAACGGGUGUGUCGGGGGCGAACACUGAAUCCUCUUUUCCUCCAUGAGGGCUUGUUCUAAAGCAAACAUUGAUUUAUUGUUGCAAGUACUUGCACAGUAAUGAACAGUUGGUUAUGAAUACUACGUAUAUUCCAUUUCCGCUAAUAUCCUUAAUUUCUACAACCUGUACCUUUAAAGGUCUUCACAAAGAUGUUUGUGGGCCAUUUUCAGAGCUCAACUCUGAUCAUCCAUUUGUUUUAAUCCACUUUUAUUAUUGUGCCCCCACAGCCGCGUUCUCAGACACAGAUUGGAUGUUUAGAGAGACUGUAACUACCUCCUCGGUUUCCUUUUUUUAUAUGUCUCUGACACCGACAGAUUCCUGCAGCUGUGCACCGACUACCUCUGCCGAGGAAAUGAGUUUGUUUUUUAAAAACAGAACGGCUGUUUGUGUCAGGAUAAUCCAAACUCAAACGAACCAGUUACUGGUAACUCAGUGUUAACUGUGUUUGUAAAGGAGGUGUUUCCAAUUUGUGUGGAGCGCAAAAAAACAAAAAGCUUUAAUUAUCAAAUGUUUUUGUCUUUAUAUCAAAUGUAAAGGAAGCAUUAACCAGAGGGUCACAACUGCAAUUUUAUCUGGGUCCAGGUAAUGUUCUCAAUUUGGUAAUUAUUGGCCUGUAUCAGACAUAUGAACUCUGAGUGCUGCUCUAUUUUUUUCCACCAGAGUAGGAAAUAUAAAACUGUCAAAUAUGCAUCAUAAGAAACUUGAUCAGUGCUGGAAAUUCUUGUGCUUCUUUGAUCUGUAGCAUGAAGUCUUCCAUCCUGCAUUUCUAUAAAUUUUACAUACAACUCUUACUAUUGAAAGAAAUAUUGAAUGGGCAAAAUGACUGAUUUUAACAUAGUUAUUCAACACUUUGUACUAUAUGCACAGAAAUUAACGUGCAGAUAAAAUAUGUAUGAGUUUUUAUAUUUGCGCUGCAAUAGCAU